AUUCUGGUAGGACAUAUGCCUACCGUUAGUUCUGAAUACUGGUGAGGUUUUGAGGGCGAAAUGGCCGUGAUGAUUGGAAUCGCUUUCAGAGUUUCUUGGCUUUGUUGCCUGCUAAUUGGAGGGAUAAUGUCUUCUACAUCAGAAGGUGUUUCGUCUCCUGCACUGGGUUCUAAUGCAGCAUGGCUCUAUGCAGGCUCACUUAGGUUUCUAGGAUAUGGUAAUUAUAAGUCGCCAACAGCUCAAAUGCAAGCGCAACAGAAACAUCCGGCCGCCAUCCUGCGGCAGGAACUGGCCCCCAUGUCCCAGCAACCUCAGCAAGUGUGGUAUCCAGCCACUGAGCUUCAGCAGCGGAAGCAACUGACUGCCAUGAACCAGCAAGUGUGGCAUCCAGCUCCAAUGCCCAUGCUGCAGAAGGAACCGACUGCAGAACCUCAGCAACAGAGGCAACCAACAAAUGUUCUCCAGCAAGUGUGGCAUCCAGCUCACAUGCUGCAGCAGAAGCAACCGACUGCCGUGCCCCAGCAAGUGUGGCAUCCAGCUCACAUCCUGCAGCAGAAGCAACCGACUGCCGUGCCCCAGCAAGUGUGGCAUCCAGCUCACAUGCUGCAGCAGAAGCAACCGACUGCCGUGCCCCAGCAAGUGUGGCAUCCAGCUCACAUGCUGCAGCAGAAGCAACCGACUGCCGUGCCCCAGCAAGUGUGGCAUCCAGCUCACAUGCUGCAGCAGAAGCAACCGACUGCCGUGCCCCAGCAAGUGUGGCAUCGAGCUCACAUGCUGCAGCAGAAGCAACCGACUGCCGUGCCCCAGCAAGUGUGGCAUCCAGCUCACAUGCUGCAGCAGAAGCAACCGACUGCCGUGCCCCAGCAAGUGUGGCAUCCAGCUCACAUGCUGCAGCAGAAGCAACCGACUGCCGUGCCCCAGCAAGUGUGGCAUCCAGCUCACAUGCUGCAGCAGAAGCAACCGACUGCCGUGCCCCAGCAAGUGUGGCAUCCAGCUCACAUGCUGCAGCAGAAGCAACCGACUGCCGUGCCCCAGCAAGUGUGGCAUCCAGCUCACAUGCUGCAGCAGAAGCAACCGACUGCCGUGCCCCAGCAAGUGUGGCAUCCAGCUCACAUGUUGCAGGAGAAGCAACCGACUGCCGUGCCCCAGCAAGUGUGGCAUCCAGCUCACAUGCUGCAGGAGAAGCAACCGACUGCCGUGCCCCAGCAAGUGUGGCAUCCAGCUCACAUGCUGCAGCAGAAGCAACCGACUGCCGUGCCCCAGCAAGUGUGGCAUCCAGCUCACAUGCUGCCGCAACUGACCGCCGUGCCCCAGCAAGUGUGGCAUCCUUCUCAAAUGCCCCUGCAGCAGAAGCAACCUACCGCAGAACCUCAGCAGCAGAGGCAACCGACCGCCGUGCCCCAGCAAGUGUGGCAUCCUUCUCAAAUGCCCCUGCAGCAGGAGCAACCGACCGCCGUGCCCCAGCAAGUGUGGCUUCCUUCUCAAAUGCCCCUGCAGCAGGAGCAACCGACCGCCGUGCCCCAGCAAGUGUGGCAUCCUUCUCAAAUGCCCCUGCAGCAGGAGCAACCGACCGCCGUGCCCCAGCAAGUGUGGCAUCCUUCUCAAAUGCCCCUGCAGCAGGAGCAACCGACCGCCAUGCCCCAGCAAGUGUGGCAUCCAGCUCACAUGCCCCUGCAGCAGAAGCAACCGACUGCCGUGCCCCAGCAAGUGUGGCAUCUUUCUCAAAUGCCCCUGCAGCAGAAGCAACCGACUGCCGUGCCCCAGCAAGUGUGGCAUCCAGCUCACAUGCUGCAGCAGAAGCAACCGACUGCCGUGCCCCAGCAAGUGUGGCAUCCAGCUCACAUGCUGCCGCAACUGACCGCCGUGCCCCAGCAAGUGUGGCAUCCUUCUCAAAUGCCCCUGCAGCAGAAGCAACCUACCGCAGAACCUCAGCAGCAGAGGCAACCGACCGCCGUGCCCCAGCAAGUGUGGCAUCCUUCUCAAAUGCCCCUGCAGCAGAAGCAACCGACCGCCGUGCCCCAGCAAGUGUGGCAUCCUUCUCAAAUGCCCCUGCAGCAGAAGCAACCGACCGCCGUGCCCCAGCAAGUGUGGCAUCCUUCUCAAAUGCCCCUGCAGCAGAAGCAACUGGCCCCCAUGCCUCUACUGCAGAAGGAACCAGCCACUGAACCUCUGCAGAAGGAACCAACCGCCAUGCCCCAGCAAGUGUUACAUCUAGCUCAAAUGCUGCAGAAGGAACAUGCCACCAAUCCUCAGAAAGUGUGGCAUCCAGCUCAAUUUCCCCAGCAGAAGCAACUGGCCCCCAUUCCGCUACUGCAGAAGGAACCUACCCCAAUAGCCCAGCAACCUCAGCAGGUGUGGCAUCCUGCUCAAUUGCCCAAGAAUCGACCAGCCACUGAACCUCAGCAGCAGAAGCAACCAUCCACCAUGCCCCAGCAAGCGUUGCUUCCAGCUCAAAUGCCCCUGCAGCAGAAGCAACCGGCCAUUGAACCUCAGCAGAAGGAACCGACCGCCAUGCCCCAGCAAGUGUUACAUCUAGCUCAAAUGCUGCAGAAGGAACAUGCCACCAAUCCUCAGAAAGUGUGGCAUCCAGCUCAAUUUCCCCAGCAGAAGCAACUGGCCCCCAUUCCGCUACUGCAGAAGGAACCUACCCCAAUAGCCCAGCAACCUCAGCAGGUGUGGCAUCCUGCUCAAUUGCCCAAGAAUCGACCAGCCACUGAACCUCAGCAGCAGAAGCAACCAUCCACCAUGCCCCAGCAAGCGUUGCUUCCAGCUCAAAUGCCCCUGCAGCAGAAGCAACCGGCCAUUGAACCUCAGCAGAAGGAACCGACCGCCAUGCCCCAGCAAGUGUUACAUCUAGCUCAAAUGCUGCAGAAGGAACAUGCCACCAAUCCUCAGAAAGUGUGGCAUCCAGCUCAAUUUCCCCAGCAGAAGCAACUGGCCCCCAUUCCGCUACUGCAGAAGGAACCUACCACCAUAGCCCAGCAACCUCAGCAGGUGUGGAAUCCAGCUCAAAUGCCCAAGAAGCAACCAGCCACUGAAUUGCAGAAGCAAUCAUCCACCACGCCCCAGCAAGCAUUGCUUCCAGCUCAAAUGCCCCUGCAGCAGAAGCAACUGGCCACUGAACCUCAACAGAAGGAACUGACUGCCAUGCCCCAGCAAGUGUGGUAUCAAGCUAAAAUGUUCCAGCAGCAAAAUCAUCUGGCCGCCAUGCCACAGAAGCAACAGGCCUCCAUUCCUGAGCAGCCUCCGCUCGUGUGGCACCCAGCUCAAUUUCCCCAGCAGCAGAAGGAACUGGCUGUCGAGCCCCAGCAAGUGUGGUAUCGCGCUAAAAUGCUCCAGCAGCAAAAUCAUCUGGCCGCCAUGCCCCAGCAGCCUCCGCUCGUGUGGCAUCCAGCUCAAAUUCCCCAGCAGAAGCAACUGGCCGUCGAACCUCAGCAAGUGGGGUAUCCAGCUCAAAUGCCCCAGCAGCAACUGGCACCAAUGUCUCAGCAGAAACACUACAAAAGCACUGAAGAUGGUGCCUCUAGUAGCUCUCAGUUCCAAAUCGGUUUCAAAUCCCACAACGAGAAUGGCAAAACUGUUUUCUCCCAAACCCGCUACACUCGUAGGGAGGCUAUGCCAAUUGACAGCGGAAAUGCUCCCAAUGGCACAUACCCACCACUAGUAAAGGAUCCUACAAGGUAUCAUACAACUUUAAUCUGGUCUUAA